CCUUGAUCAGGCCCCUUUGCUUGUCACAGUAAGGUUGUUUAUUACAUCAGGUGAUCAUUCUGUCCUCGAUAUCACAACCCAGCCGAACCCGACAGAGAGCAGUGUAGGAUUGUGCGAUUCCCGUGAAGAUUGUAUAUUUGUCAUCCACGCGGAGACACCUACCAUCAUUGAGGACAACUCGGGCAGGGAAUAUUGACAACUUCUAGGUCAUGGCCAGUUCAGACCCGGACAGGGAAGCCAUGGGUGGUUCAGGCGAAGCCAUGGGUGGUUCAAGCGAGGAAGAUCCUACGGUCCAUGGCGGCUCAGAUCUACACGAGGAGGAUCCUGGAAACCACUUGGCCAUUGCCAGGCUGACUGAUCGUGGACGUUUCUCUGAAGAUCAUUCGGCCAUUGCCACGCAAAGGAGUCAGCCUUUCCUGUCCAAUCCAGGGCGUGGUGGUUCUGCCUCCGCUAUCAAUGUUUCCAACUCGAAGUACGUUAAUAUUUCCACUGGACAGACAGUUCCCGGGACGGUCGGAGAUGGUACUCUCGAACUUCUUCUAAAUGAAGCCAAGAAAACAUUUGUUGAAACAGAUGUCUACAGACAGGUGAAGCGUAAACUUGAAACGUUUGGUUACGUGACAAUCUGUGGUGCCUCAGGAGAAGGGAAGACCACAAUGGCUCUGAUAUUGAGUUCACAGUACAGAAACCGAGGUUACCAGGUCGUGUUUGUGGACAGCAUUGACAAGUUUGAUUUGGACAUCUGCCUCAGUUCUACUCCAAGAGUAUUUCUCAUCAUCGAUGACAUGUUUGGUACUGUAGGCUUGUCCACUAAUGUUCUACUGAUUAAAUCAUUUCUUAAAAAUCUUCUUCUCCAUUUAGAAAACUGUAAGCAGGCCCUGAAACAAAUUCAGUCAGUUAGGAAAGAGGAAAGUAAACACAAGCAGGAUGAUGAAAGAAAAAGUCAAAGAAAGGAUAUUCGUGUCAUAUUCACAACAAAGUCAUACAACUUUCAAGGCGGACUUCCACAACUGCACUUUGUUUGUUUUCCUCUGUUUGAGGAACAAGCAGUGAUGAAUAUAACCUUACACAGUCUUUCCCCAGCAGAGGAACAGCAAAUAUAUGAGAGACAUAAGAACAUACCAGAUGACUGUUCCAAAGGUAAUCUACCCGAAUACAGUGAUUUGGAAAUACCUUCAAAAUUAUUUGGAUUCCCGCUCAUAUGUAAACUUUGUACUUUUUCAAACAAUCCUAGAAAGCUUUUCAAAGAACCAUUGUCUUAUUUGAGAGGGGAACUCACUGACAUAAUCGGUGCUAUGAAUGAUCGAUCUGCAGUGUUUGUCCUGAUGUUACUUUGUGAAGGCAGAUUACAACUGACAAAGUUAGAAAGUGAUGAUGCAGACCAGGAGUUGGAUGAGAAAGUCAACAUUGUGAUACGUCUAAUACCUACAGCAACACGCUCGGGGAUGUGUCAAGCAGCACGUAGUUUCAGAGGUACAUUUUUCACAAGAGGAGACACUGUUGCCUUUGCUCAUUCUUCAAUCUAUGAUGCAUGUGCAUGUGUUUUAUAUAAUAGCAUCAAUCCAAGCUUUGUUUUGAAGAACUGCAGUGAUGCCUUUCUGUAUGAGCGAGUACUCCAAGAAACCGUCAUAGAAACCAAAGUUGAUGAUAAUCUUCAUUUUAUUUUCAUUUCCGAAGACUAUUAUGAUCUUCUGUCCACACGGUUUGCAAAUGCUAUUAAGCAAGGACAGUUUUCAAAGUCAGUAACACAUCCAAUCCUCAAGCACAGCAAUCUAGCUGAACAGCUUCUUAAAAGACUGACAUUUGGUGAGACGAAACACAACACAAAUGAUUCAGUGGAGCAUGAUUGGAUUCACCAAAGAGAAAAAGGAAAGUGUUUCUUGUAUUGGGCUGUUCUGGGACAUAAUCCACAGUUGGUUACACAUGUGGAGACUCAAACUGGAGAAGUGUUCACAGAUGACGAGAUCACAGAAGCUAUGGAAGGCUGUGCUCAAACAAACAAGGUGACGUUACUGCAAUGGCUACUCUCAAAGACUGAUGGACAGGAUUGGACUAAUAACUGGACAGACUGCUGUUGUCUGCAGCAGAAAAUGGCAGUACUGAAACACUUUUGUAUCUUCUGA